AUGGCAAAGAGAUGUCAGAUUGCUUUCACACUUGCACAGGAGUUAGACAGACAAGGAUGUACUCUAAGCCCAUCGUUGUUUUCCCUCUUUAUUGAAGAUCUCGUAGAAUGCCUACCUUGUGGUAUUGAGUACGACGGAAAAGCUAUCAAAGCACUGAUGUUCGCCGACGAUAUUGUCAUUCUCGCAUACUCGCCAGAAUCUCUUCAAUUAAUGAUAAACCGCUUGUGUGACUACUGCAAAAUAUGGAACUUGACUGUGAAUUUAGAAAAGUCAAAAGUCAUGACAUUCAGGAAAGGGGGCGGGCGUAACCGUAACAGUGAAAAAUGGUGGUAUAAUGGAGAGACAAUCGAAGUUGUCAACGAGUACAGGUACCUAGGGAUACUAAUGACUAAGAACCUGGACAUGGAGAACCACUUUAAGGAUAAGCUUGCAAAGGCUAAGACCGCUAUCGCUGCCACGUGGAACAGGUGUUUUUCGAAAAAAAAUAUUAGACAUAGUGCCAAAUUUCGAGUUUUUGAAGCAGUUUCAGAAGCCAUCAUGUUAUAUUCGGCUCAGGUGUGGGGCUACAAGCAGUAUGAAACGGUGGACAAAUUGCUGAGAUAUUAUAUUAAAAGAAUCUUUCAUAUUCCGUCCAACGCCCCGAAUUAUCUGGUCAUGCUGGAAACUGGACCUCCACCUCUGUUUAUACGGACCCUUAAGCUACAUAUUGAUUAUAUUCUUAAGGCUUUCAAUAUGCCUAAUGAUAGACUUCCAAAGAUAGUAGCGCUUCAUAUAAUGAGGAGAAAUACAGGCUGGAUGGAAGAAUGGCAGGAACUCAGAAGUCAAUGGUGCGGGAUGCAACUUAACCUCAAUUACGAUAACUUAAGCGAAUGGAAACCAAGACUUAACGAACUAAUAGCAAAUGUGGAUCGUAAGUGUAGAGAAGUGUAUGUGAUGGAAGCAACAGGCUCAGUUCAUAGAACGAAUUAUUUUCGAGAUGAAUAUAGUGUUGACGAAAUAUCCAUGAUGGGAAGAUUAAGAGUUGAACUUCUUUGCCUCAACUACAUGCCACAUAGAGACGAUCUACCGAUAAUUUGUGAUCUAUGUAACAUGCAAGAGAGAAAGGAUACCUUACAUUUCAUAGGCCGGUGUCCGGUCUUAGCUGAAACCAGGAGAUAUUACCUAGGUGCCAAUAUCUUAUCGGUUAUCCAGAUAAUAGAUCUCCUCAAUGAGAUGAACGUCCCAAAAUUAUUUAUGUACUGCAAGCUGCGUUAA